UGAAGGUACACCCCGCUCUGCCUAUGAGCCGGGCUAGGUUACCAGCUCCGACGGGAUACCUGUUGCUCGACACGUAUUAAAUACAUUCUCACCGAUGCUCCUUUACAAACUCGACGCAGACACGUGCCACGAAGAACGCUUAUAACGUUCAUGAUAAAGGCAGCGUUACGAUAAACGGAUAGCAGCUGGAACCGCAGUCCCGAUUGUCAAACGGCCGCAAACAUGGAAGCUCUGAGGAGGGAUCUUGCCACCUGCAAACAGGAACAUCUGUUAAGAUUCUGGGACCAAUUGUCCGCGAAAGAGAGAGAAGAACUUCGCCAGGACAUAACAGAGUUGAAUCUUAACGAGGUGAUAUCCUACUAUGAGAGAAGUAUACAGACAUCCUCUUCUAUGCAUGAAAGAAUGUUAGAUGACAAGGUGUCACCUAUACCGGAAGACAGUAUUGCGUCUGUCAAAACGACAGAUGAAGAACAGUUGAAGAUGUAUAAAAAACUGGGAUUAGAAGAGAUAGCUAAUGGUAAGGUAGCUGUAGUGCUACUGGCUGGGGGUCAAGGUACCAGGCUAGGUGUAUCUUAUCCUAAGGGCAUGUACAAUGUUCGAUUGCCAUCUGGUAAAACCCUCUUUCAAUUCCAAGCAGAAAGAAUACUUCGUUUGCAAAAUAUGGCGGAAGAAGAAUGUGGAAAAAGAGGAGAAAUUACUUGGUACAUAUUGACCAGCAAAGCCACCCAUGGUACCACUCUGGAUUUCCUCCGUGAUAAUGAUUAUUUCAAUUUAAAAGAUGAAAAUGUUAAAGCAUUCGAGCAAGGUAUGCUACCAUGUUUCACCCUUGAAGGGAAAAUCGUUUUGGAUGAGAAGCAUAGAAUUUCUAAAGCGCCAGAUGGUAAUGGAGGAUUGUAUCGAGCUUUAAAAGUGCAAGGAAUAUUGGACCACAUGAUACAACGUGGAAUUCGUAGCGUUCAUGUUCAUUCGGUCGAUAACAUUUUGAUAAAAGUAGCCGAUCCGAUUUUCCUAGGAUACUGUUUGUCGACGUCAACGGAUUGUGGCGUUAAGGUGAUCGAAAAAUCAUCACCGGCCGAACCAGUGGGAGUUGUGUGCAAAGUCGAGAAUAGUUAUCGGGUCGUCGAAUAUAGUGAAAUUUCAAAAGAAACGGCUGAAUUGCGUUCUGACAAUGGACGGUUGGUUUAUAACGCUGCGAAUAUAUGCGAUCAUUAUUUCACCGUGGAUUUCCUAUGCGCGGUUGGUAAUCAGCAUGAAAAGGAAAUGGAACUGCACGCCGCCAAGAAGAAAAUUCCAUAUAUAGAUGUGGAUGGGCAGAAACAAAUUCCUACAUCUCCGAAUGGUAUUAAAAUAGAAAAAUUUGUAUUCGAUGUGUUCAAAUUUGCGAAACGAUUGGCUGUCUGGGAGGGAAUUCGCGAGGAAGAUUUUAGUCCUCUUAAAAACUCCGAUACCGCUGGUCAGUAUUGCCCAAGUACUGCGCGCAACGAUGUACUUAAGCUCCAUAAAAAAUGGUUACUAAAUGCAGGAGCAACAAGUGUUACGAAUGACGUAGAAGUAUCUCCUUUAUUAUCGUACGCGGGAGAAAACUUGAAUCACGUACAAGGCCAAUCAUUCGAAGGCCCCUACGUAUUGAAUUAA